AUGCUCUUUACCUGCAGUGGUAGUGCAAACGUUAAAAAUCAGCGUGUUGUUGUAUUCGGGCAGGAGCAUUUGCCGAAAAGGUCAAAUUCAUCAUUUGACGAGCAGCGUAGUGAAUUGCAAAGUGGUCGAAACAGUCAAGGUUCAGCAUCGUGUCCAGAAACAUUUCGAACCUAUGCUAGUAGCCCUACACGGGACAGUCCAUACUUCAGAAGUCGCAGCAAUUCACGAAGUAGCUCACGAACUGAAAUCUUACAACCUGGGCAGUGGACAACUGUAACGUCACAAGUGAAAUUUCGUGCACUUACACCAACUGAACAACAGGAAGUUUUUGAAAAGCAGAAAAGAGAGAGAUUAUUACGUGAAGAAUCUGGUGAGUAA